AUGGGGUUCAGAAUUACAAGUCUUCUAAUAACUUUAAUUUCUGAGUUUUCAACAACGACUACGGGGAGAUCUGGGGUGACCAGAGUUUCCCCCUCACAACGCGCGAGACCCCGGCGACGCGCCCGGCCCUCAGCGGCCACCGCGCGGUAUCGCCCGAAACUCAGCGCCCAGCCCUAUUGGCCGUCGCCGCCACUCCCCUCCCAGCCCGCGGCGUCGCCCGGGGAGCCGGGCCGCCCACCCGGCACGGUCGAGAGUCUCGGCCCGGUGAGCAGAGCCAACUGGACACCCGAGGCCAAACUCUUACCUGUACUCGGAGGUGAACACCGUGAAGCGACGGAGACCACCGCGACUGGGACGCGCGACCCUCGGAGAGAGACGUCCAGCCGGAUAGAGGAGAGGACGGGUCUCCAGAGGCGCCGAGAAAUGGCGGCGCAAGGCGCGAGCCCACCCUGCGCUAAUCCCCGGAGGACCCCGGCCGCCUGAGGGCACGCCCCUUAAAGCCCCAUCCAAGGCCCGCCCCCCAAAGGGCGGGGCGCUCCGCUCUUAAAGGGGCAAUGGCACCGCCCCUGAAAUUGGCCUCCUGAGACCAGAAUUUAAACUAGCAGCACUAGGUGGGGCUGACAGAAAUAAAGAAAGGCAGUUCACCUUUAAUCCCAAUACUCCAGGGGCAGAGGCAGAGGCAGAGGUAGGUGGAUUUCUGUGAGUUCGAGUCCAGCCAGGUCUACUUAGUUACAGGUCAGCCAGGAUUACUUAGUGAAAUCCUGUCUUCUAAAAAAAGAUUAUUUCUUCUGUGUGUAUACGUAUGGGUCAGGGAAAGAUAUGCCACAGUUCUUGUCUGAGAACAACCUGCAGAAGUUGGUUCUCUCCUAUCAUGUGGGCGCAGGGGCCCGAACUCAGGCCUUCACACUUGGAGUGAAGCAUUU